UCUUUACAUUGAAAAAGGUCAUGUCCAAAUUUUUACGAAACAUAUAGCGAAAAAAUUCCCAGUCAGCACUCAACAAUAUCAUACGUUCGUCGCGAUGACCUCAAAUAGAAUUCACGCGACAUGGGAUCCCUAUAAAAAUGAAAUUCGAUUGAACGAGCCUCAAUCGAAGUUUCUAAAUUAUGAAGGAAACAACAAUGAAGUUCAACACGUGCCUCUUGUUCGUUUUGGUGGGUGUCACUUUAAUCCACGCCGGACCAGCACGCAAGGCCAUUGAGAAGAAAUCACUGGCAGAAGAUACGAAGAUAGAGACCACCAAGGAAGACCUGAAAAUUGAAGAAAAUGAUGAACAGAAGGGUAGGACGAAGAAAGCUGCAUUCUGUCUACAAAUAGAUCCAACAUCACCGCAGAUUGCUUUGAGCGAUAAUCUUGUUCAGAAUAUUCCACUGACGGUGCAGGCUCAGUCCGUUCCUCAGCCAUUCCAAGCUCUGAACUACAUUCAACCUGCUCCUCAAAAUUUACCUCAAGCGAAUAUAGUCGUUCCUCAACAAAUGAUCCAGCCAACUUUCCAAUCUCUACCUCAAAUGGUCCUUCCUCAGCCAAUGAUCCAACCGAUUCACACUGUACAAAUUGUUCAACCUUCUUCUCAACCGUGUUCUGCAAGCCAGUCUACCCAACAGACUGAAGUCCCCCAGACAGUUCCAAAGCCAGAACCAACUCCAUCACCUGAAAUAGAAGUUGAAACUGUCACAGAGAAGUCAAAACCUAUGCGUAUUGAGAAGUAUCCACAACCUUUACCAGUACUCCAGGAAACUUACACUGUGGUGCCUUACGUCCCUACAUAUCAAGAACAGUUGAUGUUUAUCUCUGAACCUGAACAUGCCACUUAUGUUCAAGUUCCUUACACUCAUCUCCAUGGACCACUGACUGAGUGUACUUGUCAGAACAUUGAACCAAUGGCUAUGAACAUGAUGCCAAUGCCUAUCAUGCCCUAUACAUCAACGUUUCAACAUAGAUCAUCUUUAAUGAUGCCUCAUAUUCAUGGAAGUAAUGUAAAAACAGCACUACAAGGUAAAACAAGAACUGUUAUCAACAUGAAUGUUCCACCUUAUGGUUACGAUCAUCAUCUUCACGGAGCUCUAAACUUUAGAGGAAUACACCAUAUGCAUCCAGAGAUUUCUCUAGCAAGGAAACACGAUCUUCUUGGCAGUCCAGUUGCUUCUGAAACACAUGAUCUGCUACAGAUCAAUAAAACACCCCGUGAAGCUGAUUCCAGUCACUUGUUACCAGAAAAGGAAGCAGAGACCAAGCAGGAAGAAGGCAAAGCUAUGUUGAUCGACGGUCGACGCAAUGCAAGAAGUAGCAAAGAGGACACAAAGAAGCAGGAAAAGCAAAUAAUUAGAACUUAAAACAUUUAUACAGGAUGUAAACAAAUUCAUUGUAUUUUUUAUUUUUAUAUCUUUCAAAUCUUCAAUCUAUAUGUGUGAAAGUAUAUAAUUAAUA